AUGAAAAUAGCGAAGACAGAAUCAAUCCUAUACAAUCAAGAUUAUAGAAACAAAUGUAAUUUCAAAAUACUUUCUGAAUAUAGAAAUAAUGAAUCAAUAUUACAAGAGAUGAUUGUGCUUUUAAAUGACCUUUUACAUAUAGUAAUUUUAAUG